AUGGUAACAUCUGUCUUCAAUGAACCUACAGUUGAUUUCCAUUUAAAUUUGAAUGAAAAGCAGUUUCACAUUCCAAAUGAGUUGCUUAAGCGUAACUUAAAACAGUGUCAGCGUCUAAUAGAUAAAGAAGUAGCUUCACUAAACCAAGGAUUUGCUGAGCUUGAUGCUAUGAUAAAGAACCCUAGUGGUGAUGCCGAAAGUAUUGAAAAGUUGAAUGAUAUGAUAAUUAAGAUUGAGAAGUUUGAGAGGAAAAUAUCUAAAAAGGUUAAUGUUGAGUUACAACUUUUACAGCGGAUAGAAGCAAGAAUCAAGUACUAUAAGGAAUUAGAUGAUAUUAAGAAGGCUAAUGACCAGCCUAGAUUAAUUGCAUGGUAUCAGUCUUACACUACACUAUUGAUUGGUGAUUAUUUGGCUAGAAAUGGAAACUUUCAUGAAGUCCCUGAUGAUCCUAAUGAUUGUAGUCCGCCCCCUGCACGUCUGAAGAGGAAGCUUAGCUCCGCAAGUUCACAAGUUACUAAUGCCACCUCUGUUAAUGACAACGAACAUAUUCAUAUGAACCCGGGAGUUGAGUACCUCAAACAACAGGGAUUGGAUUUGUUGGUUGAUUACGACAUUUUGUUAACUACUAAUAAAAUUUCCAAACAACUAACAGUUGAACAUGAAUUAGGGCCCUUACUGGAUUGGAUAAAAGAAAAUAGUGCUUAUUUGAAGAGUAUAGCGUCAACUUUGGAGUUUGAGGCUAGGUUUCAGGAAUAUAUCGAAUAUGUCAAGAUAGAAAACUAUGCUAAAGCUAUAGCAUGCUUUCAAACCCACUUGGUGAAAUUUAUCCAUGCUAAUCCUGUAGAGUUGACCUUGGCUGCAGGUCUUCUAGUCUUCAUAAAGACUUGCAAGUCGAAUAUGUCGUCUUUGGCACCAAAUCCUAAACCUGAUGAAGUUGCGAAACGCCAAAGCCUGUUAAAGGCUAAAGAUGACUGCUGGUCAUUUUUCUUCUUAAAACUACCCAAGAGCUCAAAGAAGAAUGUCAGUAACGGCUAUGAAGGCCGUCCUGAUAGUUUUACCAAUACAAUGGAUAUUAAACGGUACAUGGUAUUAUUAGAUGAUAAAAGAUGGGAAAAAUUGAAUGAGAUGUUCCUAAAGGCAUACUACUCAAUGUACGGAAUAUCUUACCAUGAUCCUUUAUUAAUAUACUUAUCAUUGGGUAUAUCAUCAUUGAAGACCAAAGACUGCCUACACCAGCGGCAGUCCAGUAGUUCUUCCGAUAGUAAGUUGUCUCAUUACCUUAACUCGGAAGUCCUACGAAAUAACUGUCCUGUCUGCAGCUCAGAGUUUGCACCUAUUGCUGAAAAGUUACCGCAUGCUCACCAAGUUCAAUCAAGACUCUUUGAAAAUCCGGUUAUGUUACCAAGUGGUAAUGUCUAUGAUUCAGAGAAGUUAAGACAAUUAGCAUUAACUCUAAGAAAACGAAAUUUGGCUAAAUUAGAACCGGAUGAGGUUUUAGAUCCAACUACCGGUCAAACUUACAAGUUUUCUGACUUUGUUACUAUGUUUCCGACGUAG